GUUAUGGACAUUUGCGUGUUUUAAUUUAGCCUCUUGGCGAGUAUGAAUAACAAGAAAGAAUAAGCAUUCUCGUAAAAUGUUCAGUGUAAAACAGCUAAAGAAGACAUGCUUCAAACAUAUUGGAUGUUUACGCAUCCUGUGUAAGAAAACGGUCGCCUUACCUGUUGUUGUUUUCGCAGUGUUAGGUGGUCUUGUCUUUGUCCAGGUGAUGCAUGAAGAAUCUAUAUCACAGCCACUAGAACUUUCUAAGAAAGAUCAGAAAUCAUGCGGACCAGUGAGUCUUUCAGCGAGGGAUUUUCCUGCAACAACACUUGUGAGUUUCCCAGGCUCCGGAAACACCUGGCUCAGGUUUCUUAUUCAAGAGGCUACAGGUAUCUUUACCGGAAGUGAAUACAACGACAAAAAGCUACGCACGCAUGGAUUUCUUGGCGAAGGAGUGGCUAAUUCGUCGACAAUUCUCGUCAAAACUCACAAAUGUGACGCCGCUACACUUAAACGAUACGAAAAAGCUGUGCUGCUUAUCCGCCAUCCUUACGAAGCCAUCAAAGCCGAGUUUAACAGAAAAUGCAACGGAGGAAACACAUCAGAAGAUAAAAUCGAGAGUCUUGAAAAGUACUGGCCAGAGUAUUAUUCUAAACACCAGAUGUACUGGGUUCGAUUCCAUGAAGUUUGGCAGGCGUACAGGCGACCUCUGCUGGUCGUUAUGUAUAAGGAUCUUGUACAGCAGACUAAUGUCAAGUUGAGAGAAAUACUCACAUUUUUAAAGGUACAUAUUCAUGAGGAACGACUAAACUGCGCCAUCGCAAACGGUAACGCGACGCGGCGACCGACGUCACUACUGCAUCUGCCUCACAUGAUAAACAAUAACCAAUCAGCUGAGGCCGUUUUCCAGCAUGUUAUUAACGUCUUCAACAUUUCUUCACCACCAAAAGUUGAGCAAGCUGAUGACGUUGCAGACAACGCCAAGAACAGAGAGGAUCUGGACCAUGACACUCCUUUCAUGAGAGCUACGCUCAGCACCAAAGUUGGCCGUCUGGACGGUCAAUUUGGGCUUAGACCUUGA